CUGUCCUUUCCUUUCCUGCUUAGUGAGGCAUAAUAAUUAUAUCUCGGAUCUGUGCCCUCAACGCCCCUACCAACCAUUGCGAUCAAGAACUGCGAUCUAUUAUCGUCUGCUAGACUGCCUCCGAACGAGCCACCAGGGUUAACGUGCGUCAUUAUGGAUGAGUCCCUCGAGCCCGAAUUCAUCGCCCCUCCUGUCCGCGCCUCCUCGCCCUCUCCCUCCAUCCCAGCGACGCCCGCCAUCUCCUCCUGCCCCUCGCCGGACCGCACCUUUUCCACCGUUUCGUCGCUGUCGACAUCCUCCGCCACCUCCUUCGAUGCCCGGUCGUCCGUCUCCAUCUCGUCGAAGAGACGCGGUUACAUCCGCCCCCAGGGGGCCGAGUUCGCCGACUCCGCCAAGAACCGGGAGAGCGUCAUGAGCCUGGGGAGCAUCGCCCACCUGCAAUACUACUUCGCCCGGACGGGGCUGCUGGACGGCAAAGGGGCCCAAGCUCGCGAGUUCAAGAAGCGGAAGAACCCGGACGAGCUACCCCGGCUUCUCCUGACCCCCAAUGCUCGCUUCAUCGAUGACCUGACUGCCAGUCCCACUGAUGAGGAAAGCUCGGACCCAGGCGAGGCCGAGGGGAUGUAUGACGAGGAGGUCGAAGUCAUGCUGCCCCCGACCGUGAGCACAUACAGCAUCAAGACCCACCAUAUCCAGCCGCCGCCUAAACUCAAGGUACUGCGGAAGGAGCUGCAGAAUGCGAUGGCGAAGGCGGACAGGAGCAUCGACUCUAUUGACUCCCAGAAGGAACCGCCGGCCGAGAUGGUGCCCCCGCGGAUCAGUCUGUCCAGCGACGACGGAGGGGAUGAUGCAUCGCGUCAGGUACCAGAGGAAGCGAUCCCACAGACAUGGCAAGAGAUCCAAGGAAUGCGGGUCCUAGAUGCCGUGACGCUGGCCAUCCGCGCGGCCAAGAUAUACUACACGGCGCACGAGCGUCCCGACCGACUCGCGUCGAUCAAACACGAGCGUGACAUCCGGCAGGAGCUCUUCAACGUGCUGGAGGUUCUGAAGCGAUGGGCGGCGCGCAACUUCGCCGACGGGCUGCGGGAGGACGAGCGGUCUGCGAUUGUCGACUGGAUGUCCAACGUGCGCGACAUGCUGGCUCGGGAGGCGCAGAUGGAGUCGUUUGAGGCCAAGGAGCGCGCGGCGUGGCUGUGGACGGAGGGCGAGUGGGCGGGUCGGCAGCGCGAGCGGGAGACCUUGUUCCUGCGUAGUCUGAUCGGCGCCGACGCCGAGCUGCCAACGUGGACGGCGCCGGAGGAGGGCUCGCCGCCACCGGCCCUGCUGGAGCGGCUGCGCGACGGCCGCGACCUGGUGCGCGCCCAUAACUUUGCCGUGAAGAACUCCAAACGGCCCUUCUUCGACAUCAAGACAUACCACCAGGACGUCGCCAAGCCCUACCGGCGCGCCGAGAACCUGCGGUUCUGGGUGAAGGCGGCGGAGCUGCGGUGGGAGACCAAGCUGGAGCUCGACGUGAUGGGACUGGUGCAGGGCAGUGGCGAUGAGGUCUGGAGGAAGUUCGACGCGGCCCUCCUGGCGUGGUGUCAAGUGGUCCGCGAGGAGCUGGUGCGAGACUGGCGCGAGAGGAGGGCAUCGGCGGCGAGUCUUCCCCCCGACGACCUGGUGGUCCGGCCUGCCUGAGGGGCAUCAGUAGCGAGAUACCUGGGGAAGGGAAUGGGAAGAAGAAGAAGAAGAAGAAGAAGAAGAAGAAGGGGAGGGGAUGGGGGAAUAAUGGAAGGCGAGUUGGACCCGAUGGAGGAGGAGGAUUGGGACCACGUAGGUUGGCUGGGUUAUUGCGUUUGUUUGCUGUCUGUGUCCACUCGGACCACAUUGAUACCCCUUACUUGUCUGGAGUUUUGUUUCUUCUCCGGGGCUGGGCUGCACACACCCAUGCCUGCCUGUCUACCAUCACUACGGACUAUUGUUGCUACCAGAAUCUGAUUAUGUGAUUAUCUUUUGGAUCAUCAACCCCGGCCGCCAACCCCAUCUGUCAAGUCACGUGACGUGCGCGUUUCCCAC